UCAUUUCCUUGUUUGUAAACUUCCUGGGGAGGCAGCUGCCGUUGCUAGCUUUGUAGCUAGCUGUUUGGCGAUUCAAAUAAUGGAUUAAAUCACCAAUUAAAACCCUCUCAAAAAAUGACAACAGUAUUUAGCAAUUCAAGUCACUAGUAGUUAUAUGUCAGCGCGCCUGUUAGGCUUUAAAUCGGUUGUGUUUACAAGUUAGUGACAGCGAGCGGCUAACGGCGUUAGCUGGCUAACGUUAGCUACAACUUCGUAAUUUCGAGCAGAAAUCAUGAUGGCGUCUAGUUACAAUGCCAAAGAUGAAGAUGGACAUAUCACAGUGUCCGGGCCUGGUGGAGGGUCUCUGCGGAGCAAAAAGCCCGAGAACACUGCGUUCAAACAGCAGAGACUGCCUGCUUGGCAGCCCAUCCUCACCGCGGGCACCGUGCUACCUGCCUUCUUCAUCAUCGGACUCAUCUUCAUCCCCAUCGGGAUCGGCCUGUAUGUAACGUCCAACAACAUCAAGGAGUUUGAGGUUGAUUACACAGGAGUUGACAUGUCCAGUCCCUGCUUCAACUGCUCCCAGAACUUCAGCUGGAACAGCACCAGGCCUUGCACCUGCUCAAUCCCUUUCUACCUGGAUCAGCCGUACGAGAGCAACGUGUACAUGUACUACGGCCUCUCCAACUUCUACCAAAAUCACCGUCGCUACGUCAAGUCGAGAGAUGACAGCCAGCUGAAUGGAGACCUUGGAUCCCUCAUGAAACCCAGUAAGGAGUGUGAGCCAUACGCUUAUCAUGAAAACAAGCCAAUAGCACCGUGUGGGGCCAUCGCCAACAGCAUGUUUAAUGACACGUUGGAGCUGUUUUACAACGACCCCAACGGCACAAAGAUUCCGAUUCCUCUGAAUACGACGGGCAUCGCCUGGUGGACCGACAAGCAUGUGAAGUUCGGGAACCCUGGAGCCAACGCGAACCUCACAGCUGUUUUUCAAGGAACAACCAAGCCAGUGAACUGGCGCAGGCCCGUAUACGAGUUGGACACGAAUCCAGAUAACAACGGCUUUAUCAACGAAGACUUUAUCGUGUGGAUGAGAACCGCCGCCCUGCCGACCUUCCGCAAACUCUACCGCAUCAUCAACAAGAAAAGCAACAUGGUUCCGACUCUGCCCCGAGGAAACUACACUCUGGAGGUCGUCUACAAUUACCCUGUCCGCAGCUUCGAGGGCAGGAAGCGGAUGAUCCUGAGCACCAUCUCCUGGAUGGGGGGCAAGAACCCGUUCCUGGGCAUCGCUUACAUCACCGUGGGCUCGGUCUGCUUCUUCCUGGGUGUCGUCCUGCUCAUCAUCCACCACAAAUGUGGCAACCGCAACAACAGCGCCGACAUUUCUAACUGAAGCAGCGGCUGCCCUCCAGCUCACCUCUGCCGCAGUGCACAGUGAUCAUCUGUCAGGGUUUGGGUUUUAGAGUUAAACAGGUUUUGACUGUGGUUGAUUAUUUGCCAAAGUAAAUGGAAAGUAGCCAAAAAAUGUGCAGUUUCUGACAGAUUUUCCUUCCUGGUAACCUGAGCAACCAUGUGUAAGACGGAUGUAUCACAUGAUCGACUGCCUUUUGAACAAAAAAUGCACUUAGUGUUCCUGAUCAGGUCUGAAAAAGUAAGUAUAUUUAGUAGAGUAAGUUUGAUAAUUAGACAAAAACUGUGGUAAAAUACUGCAGCACUUUGCUGGGAACCAGAAGCCAUGUCCUCUGUAUUGUUUUUGUAAAUCUGGUGGUUUUAACAGCCCAAUGAGGAGUCUACAUUCAACAGUUACAAAGAAAAUUACAUAUUUAAGGGAUAGUAAGGGGUAGUAUCGCUUCAGCCAUCUGUGCUCCUGUCAAAGCCACCAGACUCCAUUGAGAAAAACAGUCAUUUUACCUCACUGAACUCAGGAGUUGCUGGUCAAAUGCCGCCUCGAUCGGUUAGUUAGUUCGUCUUGCUGUGUGACUUAAGCGAAUCCAAACUGAGCCGUUUAAAUGCCGGAGUCAUACAAUAACACAAAUAAACUGACUGAUUAAGGCCGCGGUACAUCAGCAGCUCCUGUGUUCAGCGAUGUUUAAUUCUAUUUUUUUCUCAGUGGAGUCUGGCAUUGAAGACAGCGAUGAAACAGCUUCAAAUUAAUGUUGGAAAUCAAUGUCUGACAUCAUGGUGAAGCAGUAAACAUGCUCUACAUAUAGGGUACACUUACACUGAAGUUAAUUUAAUUUCAUUUGAUUUUAUUUUUUUUAUGGGUGUGACUUUUUUAAGGUAGCUAAAACAAGUUCAACUGCAUGUAAUAUCUAUAAAUAUGUACCCCAUACAACCCCAAUUCAAAAAAUAGAAACUAUCCCUUUAAUGCAUUAAUAUAUGUACAUUGAAAGGGUAUUUGGCCACUACACUGUAAAAGAUGGAGGUAAAAAUGGGAACAUUUGCUGUUUUUUUUUUUGUCUUGUACAAUAUAACAUUUAAUACAUUUGGAUUUAGAUUGUUGUUCAGACCAUACAAACAAUUUUGAGACAACACCUUUGGCUCUGGGAAAUUGUGAAGGACAAUUUGACUAUUUUCUGACAUUAUGGACCGAACUAUUAAUCAAGAGAAUACGCUUCAGAUUAAUCUAUAAUUAAACUCUUCACUUGCUAUUUUUGGGUCCACAAAAAAGGAAUGGCUUCACUUUAAUAGAAAAUAUAAUGGAGUUGUAAUUGAUAUUUAAAUAAUUCUAGCUACAGCACUUUCGGGGAGGAAUGUUGUUCAGUUUAGGGGACAGUCUUAUUGCUCCGUUACAUCAAAUCAAAGCCUGACCAGAAUCCUCAAAUCUUAAUUUAAAAAAAGAAAAUCUGCCCGGGAAAGAGUCUGGAAAGUUUGGCUAACUCUCCACACUCCUCGUAGGACCUCUAAGCUCUGAACUGUUGCAGUUAAGGUGAGCUGGAGUGUUGCUCUGAGUCCUGAGUUGCAUGCUGGGUAGCUGCGAUGUAAAUGUGAUUAUGGAGCUGCUCGAGCGGCUCGUCUUUGUGCCUCGUCUCGUAUGUUACAUAAGCCCACCUUCAAGCCAAAAUCAUGCUUUUGCUGAGUCGUAAAAAACGCACCAAGCAAGUUCCACCUCAAAGGGAACGCAAAGUGUUUAAAGUGUGGGAGCUGUACAGUUAACCUUUUUUUGUAUUUAUUUUAGAGUUUAAGAAAUGUUUGCAUUGUAAAGAAAAGCCAGUAUUUGCACGCCAGACCUCAGGGGUUUUGAGUCUAAACUGGGUUUAAAGGUGGCUGUCAUAGUUUGAGGGGCUGUAAGUUGUGAGUGUGAAACUCGAUUCCGUACAAAUAUACACUGACACGGUGUUGUGGCUUCAUUCAUUGUCGUUUACAAGCAACAAUAGUAGAUUAUCAACAUAGCAUGAACAGUAACGCAGUAUGAUUCAGUACACGUGAUUAAAUGUUAAUGUGAUUGUCACUCAACACUUACACUGCUGACAGUAAUGCACACAAGUAGUUUUAAACCUUAAUCCUUCCAUUUUCAGCUCGUUAGCAGCUGAGAUAAUCCAUUAAUAAAAUACAUGCUGCAUGUUGAAUUGUGCCGAGUAAAAAUGUCUUUUUUUUUAUUACAUUUUGUCAAGAUAAAUUGUUAUUUGCAAUCAUGACAAGUGCUAGAUUCACAUUUCUUUUGAUACUUCAUUUGUGUGGUAUUGUUGCUUUAAAUGAAUAAAUGUGUCUUUUACGUUGAAACAGUA